UCGAGAGGCCGUGAGGAGUUAACGCUAUUGCAUAAUGACCAGUAGCCUCGGCGGGGACGGACUCCCGGACAGAUGAAGAGGCGAUGGCGCGUCGAGCGGGAGUCCGACACGUGAGCACCCUGACGCUGCUGCUGGUGUGCGUGUGCCCGCUGUGCUGCAGGGCUGGCUGGAUGUGGCUGGGUCUGACCUCGGCCGGAAAUCCAGAGAACGUGGGCUGCACGAACCUCCAGUUGAACACCAGACAGCGGGACUUUUGCCGAAAGAAGUUCUUUCUGCUGCCCAGCAUCCAGGACGGAGCUCGACUGGCCAUCGAUGAGUGUCAGAACCAGUUCAGGAACGAAAGGUGGAACUGCUCGACCACCGGAGAACCGUCGGUGUUCGGCCACGAACUAACGAGCGGCACCAAAGAGACAGCAUUCCUAUACGCGGUGAUGGCGGCGGCUCUGGUUCACGCUGUCACACGCUCCUGCAGUCAGGGAAACAUGACCGAGUGCGGCUGUGAUGGGCGACUGCAAGGGCUGGGCUCCUCGGACGGGGGCUGGCACUGGGGGGGAUGCUCGGACCACAUCCAGUACGGGACCUGGUUCAGUCGCAAGUUCAUGGAUCACAGCAGCAAGAACCGUUCAGCCAGCAGGGGAUUCUCACUGCACAGCAUGAACCAGCACAACAGCGAAGCGGGUCGACAGGCCAUCGGCAGGACGAUGACCACCAACUGUCGCUGUCACGGCGUCUCAGGAUCAUGUGCAGUGAAGACCUGCUGGAGGACAAUGGCGUCGUUCCAGCGUGUUGGCAUUUAUCUGAAGGGUCGUUAUGAAAGCAGCGUUCAAGUGCCGGACGGAUCCAGGAGGAAGACGAAGAGGAGGGAGCAGCUUCACCUUCCUGUUGAUAAACACCAGUUCAUCUAUUUAAACAAGUCGCCCAACUAUUGUCUGGAGGACCGACGCUUGGGCAUGUUGGGCACCAGGGGGCGGCGCUGUAAUCGGACUUCAAGCGGGCCAGAUGGCUGCAACCUGCUCUGCUGCGGCCGUGGGUACAACACGCAUGUGGUGCGACACGUGCAGCGCUGCGAGUGCAAGUUUGUCUGGUGCUGCUACGUACGCUGCAAGCGCUGCGAGAGCAUGAACGACAUGCACACUUGUAAAUAAAGACUUUCACCUGUGAAUAUUGACAAAUCCCAACAAGCCAGGCACUUGUUGGAGUCCGAAAAGACUCCCUUGCUUAUGUUCUGGAUUCUGAUGAAGGAACACAUACCAAGCGCACUGUACAUAAAGUAAUGUUGCCUUCAGUAGUAAAAGGAAAAGUUGUGCAUACACACAUUCAUUCAAAUGCCAGCCCGAAACAACCUAAGGAGAUGCAACACGCUUUAUUGGUCAGUUCCUCAUGUCAACAGUUGGUCAAUGUGCUGCAACCAGUCACACAUUUCAACCAGCUGUACUCACAUGGUGAACAACUAUGGGUUGUGAUCAGCAUUGGAUCCUCGGUCAGGGUCUAUGCAGCGCCAUACACAGCUAAAUGCAAUGCACACACAUCUAAGUGUGAUGUGUCUAUGAUAAAGCUGUUGAUGCACCGUUUUUCAAUUGCAGAUAGGUACUGACCACUGCAUCUCAUGGGAACUGGCCCCAAUGCUCUGGUGAUUUAUGUGAAGUUGCGACGUUGUACUGCCCUCUUCUGGAUACAUCCGCC